CGACUUCAUUAAGGCCUGUCCAAGCCAAAGAGCUUACACUGAAUAUUCCUGACAAAUGACGAGGUCAGCAAUCCUGUGGGAUAACAUCUCUCAACCGUUAGAUCAACGUUCGUGAACCCUAGCCGUCCGAUCAGCUUUUCAUAACAAAAACAUUAAAUGAACCCAGCUUCUCAGCUACAGGUGCCAUUCAUGCAACAGUAGUCUCUCUUCUUUCAAAUUUCCUCACACUGUCCGAAGUCGUGUUUGACGUGACGAUGGAGAAUGGGCUUGAUAUUCAACAAACUCCAACAAUGGUGGAACAUCCGCCGCAGAUACAAGAGCUUCUCUUCUCUCUCCUACCGUACCAUCAGAUGAUCAUGGAAGCGAUUGAAGCGUCUAACGACGCGAAGGGAUGUAGCAAAACGGCGAUUUUAAAGCACAUCGAGACAACACAGACACAUUUACCACCCUCUCACCUGACGCUGCUCGACUACCAUCUCAACCAGAUGAAACAUUCGGGGAAGAUCGUGAUUGUGAAAAACAAUUACAUGAAACCAGAUCCAAAGCCCAAACCUCAGGGAGAUUCAAGACACGUGGCGGUCACGUCUCCCUCGGUUUCUUCUUCGCUGAGGCUUAGAGGUCGUCCUUCUAGGUCGAAUGAUUCUUUUUCAGGGGCGGACUUGACGGAGGAGAAAACAGAGGUACCACCGAGUGUUUCCGGGAGACCACGAGGACGACCACCGAAGAAGGAGAAGAUGGUUCAAGGCUAUGACGGAGCGUGUGCGUCGAGAGCCUGGAAGGCCACGGAAAGUGAAACUCAAAUUACUAUCCACCUUGCUUACCGAAUAAGCUUAGAUUACAAACUUUUUGUGUUGUUUUAGUUUUAGGGGGUUGAUUAGAGAAAAAUGACGUUUGGACUUUGCAUGCGGUACAUGUAUAAAGUUUGGGUCUUUAAUCUUUAUCCUCUUCUUGCUGAAAAAAAAAAACAAUCUGAUUUUAUAAAAAGGAAUGAAUGAUGGAGAAAUUAUUAACAAACGUCUUUUCAAACACGAAGGGGAAGGGGAAGGGGAAGCGGGUGGUAGAGUUUUUCAGAUGAUAGUAAACAACGUCUUGAUCCCCAUUUGGACCUCGUAACAGUACGCGGUCGGUUGACUAGAUGACUUUCUUUGUCACGUGGCUUGAAUCUCUAUAUAGUAAAAGUCCAAGAUUAGCCCAAACCCAGUAUGCUGGUUUUGGUAACCACUUCAAGUGCCACAGUGGCUUGCUACGCGCCUUCCAUUCUGUGUACGGACAAACACGUGUUGUCCUCGUGAGAUGGGGAACUUUUGCCACAACACCGUUGGUAAAUCUUCGAUUUGCUCAAACUCUGUCGCCGGACUUGAUGAUUUCCACCCGCAAAAUUUUUCUUAUAUCAUUCAGCAUGUAAGCACUCCGUUGAAUGUUUGAUGG